GACUUACCUACAAGAAAGAGAGAGUUCACCUGCUCUCCAGCUGGCCUGGUGUACGACCAACCCACCCUCCGACCCUCUCACAAGGCAGGGGAAUCCUGGCUAAGGCUUGAUCAUCUAAACGGAACGCCAAAGGGAGGGGGUAGGCGGUGCUGCUAUACGCACACCGUCGAUCAGCGGAGCACCGGCAGCAAGGAGAGAACCCUUCUUAGAAUCAUGUCGAACCUAAUGUCGAACAUUCGGAAGGCCUCGCUCCCUCUGCAAGAGAGCUCCGCCCAGCUGGGCCGGCUUCUUCUUCAGCUUGGGCAGGCGGCCGAUUCCCAGCUGGAUGCCGAGACUCUCGCGGAGCUCGACAAGCAGGCUUCUGUUGCCGCGUGCCAGGAGUUGGAAAAGGCUGCUGCUGCUGCUGCUGCUACUGCUGCCGCUCCCGCUCCCGAAGGGGGCGAAGCAGAAGCAGAAGAAAGCACCGAGGAGGAAGAUUCAACAGCGGUAGAGGAGGCGGGGGCGGACGAAAGAAACAAGGACGAAUGCGUUGCUAACGAAGAAUCCUCGACGGCGACCACGGUAGAGCUGUCGGCCGAUUCCUCCCACCACGAGGACGCGGGCAGCAGCAGCAACAGCAGCGGUCACGUCCCGCAGCAGCAAGCCGGCGGCAGCGACUCCAGCGCCACCCCCGGCGGCGCCGAUGCUUCCUCCUCCUCCUCCCUGAUGCGCGCGUCGUCAGUUCACAGUACCAACUCUUCCUCCCACGCCGUGACGUCGUCCUCUUCCUCCUCUCGCCACGGGGGCGCGCCGUCCCCCCUCCCGCGCUCUGCCCGCAGCAGCCGGGAAGCCUCCCUCGUCUUCCCCGGCGGCAUUCUGUCGGCCCCCGUAAGAAAAGAACAGUCGUCGCCGCCGGCGGCGGGGGGAGGCGGCGAAGAAGAAGAGGAGAAGGAGGAGGAGGCUCCGGCGGCGAAGCCAGCGGCGGCCGACGGGCCCGUGAAGGUGAUGUUGCAAGGCUUCGCGUUGCAGGCCGACGACGACAAGCUCGUGGUGUGCGAGUCUAAGGCUCUGGCCCACCUGUUCACGAGGAUCCGGAACCGAGACACGCCUCCGCCGGUGUUCCGGUUCUACGCGACCAGGAUGAUGCGGAUUCUGGCGGAGGAGGGUAUCGCGUGCCUCGAGUCUAGCCGACAGUUCAUCACCACCCCGACGGCAGCAACGUUCUCCAGCCCGUUCGUCAACGAGAGCAACGUGUGCAUCGUGUCCAUCCUAAGAGCAGGCGACGCGCUAGCGGAGGCUGCCCGGGCUUGCAUUCCAACAGCCCCAGUGGGAAAGAUACUGAUCCAGCGCGACGAGGAGUCGAGUGACAAGCACCCGGUGCUAUUCUACAAGAAGCUGCCCUCCAAGAUAGCGAAGAUGCAGGUGUUGCUCUGCGACCCCAUGCUCGCGACGGGCGGCAGCGCUUUGAUGGCGAUCCGGUGUCUUGUGGAAGCCGGGGUUAAGGAGGCGGCCAUCGUUUUCAUCACGGUCGUGGUUUGUCCCGAGGGGAUCGGGGCCGUGCGGGCGGAGUUCCCGGAGGUGACGAUCGUGACGGGUGCCAUGGACGACUGCCUCGACGAGAAGCGUUACAUCCUCCCUGGCCUGGGCGACUUCGGCGACAGAUUUUUCGGAACUGUGUCGUAGCGACUAAUGCUGCGCUUGUGCGCUCUGAUAUGAGGGGCACUCGAGGAGAAGAAAUUUUCUGGUCACCGCCCGCACCCUUCGAGAGAGCCUACCACUUCGCGGGGCUCCCGGCUGUUUGCUGCCCCCCCCCCCUCCAGAUCUUGCUUGGUUCCCGACAUGGAGUCGUUGAUAAAGAAGAGGGUGUUGGGGCGGCGGGGCAUUUAUGAUGGGUGUUUUUCGUGAGUGGGUUGUUUCCAACCGUGCAAGAAACCACCACCAUGCGGUGCAACAUUGCAACAUUUUGUUUGCUUUCGAUCUUAAAGUUGUGGUACGCAGUUGUUCGUUUUUUUUUCGCGUUCUUCCCCUCGGUGGGGCUCGAAACCCUUCGUUAUUUAUUUUUGUUGACCGGCCCUUGUUUUUUCGAGCACAAUCACACAGCAUAGCAUGUACUUAGAAAAGCUGUUUUUUUUUUUUCUGCUUAGGGUUAGGGUUAUAACCCUAACAGGUAGCGGCGUGUACCUUAUGCGCCCCGGAGGCUAUUGUACCGCCGUGCGGCGGCGAAAUGGAAGCACCCGCCUCAGUGCCGUUAGGCAGCACGGGUUAAAUCGAUGUGCUUCGCGAGGAGAGAGCCGUGUACAUGUAUGCAGGCAUGACGCGAACCUUUCGGCUGUACGGGCUUCGUAUUGCAUGCUGUAUGUAGGAGUAGAGGAGAGGGGAAUGGGUGUCACCUCUGCGAAGGUGUCACCUCUGCUGAGUUGUCAACUCUGCGAAGCGCGGCGUUGCGUUUCUUUCUAGACUGGGCCGAGCGCUCGUGGGGAAGGGGACGAGCGCUUGGCAUUUGUCUUGUCCCCCUGGCUCCCGCCUUGCGCUUAGGCGAUCCGCUCCUGGCGUAGCCAAGGAUGCUUACCACCACCACCAGCAGCGGCAUCAGCUACAGCAGCCCGCGAGAGGUGGUUCAAGUUUGACGAAGAUGUGCCGCAUGAGGCGUGGCAGAACAUGGCAGCGUAGUCAACCAACUCGAUGUAUAGGAAACGUGAGUCGCAGAAAGUUGCGCUUAUACGUAUGGCGCGAAGCAGAUAUUUUUUGUGUCUCGGGGGGGCAAUUUGUGCUCGUCGAUCCCAGGGAAUUGAAGGUUUUUGAACGGGGGAGUUCAUUCUUUCGGUUAUUGUGCGUAGCAAGGUUAGCAAGAUAAGAGGGCAGCCUGAAUGAAACACCCCCCCCCUCCCGGUUUCGAGACUGUGUGACUCUCGGUACCGUAGCAGCGCUUUUAAUAGUGGGUGUGUCGUUUUGUGUAAGUGCUGUGCAGCCCUGUGCUCUCCGACCACUGCGGGAGUACGUACGUGGUUCGGAUGUCGUUUUUGUGUUGGUACUCCCUUCUUCCCCUCGCUCCU